AUGGCGAGCGUGCUCAACAACCUCUUUGGGGGCAAGUCCUCGGACACUCCCGACGCGGUUCAGGCUGGCGUCGACCCCGACUUCGCCGACUUCUCCCAGGCCGCCGACCCGUCCCCGGUGCCCAUCUCGCCCGCACCAACGUCGUCGGACCCAUCUGGCGCGGCGCAGACCGCCCGCCCCUACACAGCAUGGUGGAGAGUUCACGAGCGCCACAGCAUGUCCGAGUUCAAAGCCGAGGGCAUGAUUCUGUCGGCCAUCGCCGUUUUCCUGCUACUCCAUCUCUUCGGCGCCCGCUUGAACCGCAACAAGGCCAGGAAGUGGAUCCGCGCCCACUCGGCACCAUUGACCUCCGAGUUCGCCUCGGUUGGCUUCGCUGGCGUGCCCGCCGCCGCGGCUGGCAAGAAAGGCGAUGAACUUCUGCAGGCCUUGGCCGACUCUCACGCGCAGCAGGCUGAUAAUCUGCUCAGGGAGAACAGUCUGUUUGAGUUUGCUACCUACGCAACCGGCCGCACGAACGUUGCUUUCGUCGACGUGAAGCUCACGCUUUUGAAGCGCUUCAAUCCCCUCAUCGUUCUUUUCGAGACUGUCAUGGCCUUCUUCUUCGACAGCGCCGAUCAAGCUCAGGAUGUCGUCGAGGCGGUCCUUUACCCCUUUGACGGGAAGGAGGCGCUCACUGUCCCCGGCCUUCCCGGCGCCGCCGAGCUGCGCGGCAACAACGAUGGCAAGAGCGCGUACGAUGGCUUCGUCUGGGCCAUUGUCCACAAGGAGCGCAUGAAGCAGGUGCGCGAGGACCGCUACGACGUCUCGCUCACCGUCACCAAGGACAACCCCAAGCUGCCCAAUUGGCUGACCGUCAUGACCGAGAGCGCUGAAAUCACUGACGCUCUACUUACUCCGGAGCUGAUCAAGGCCGCCGAGCUCGCCGGAGACCACUUUGAGUACCUCAUUGUCACAGAUCAGCCCAUUGAGAAGCCCAAAACUCUCAACGAGACCACUCCCCGCAAGCGUAUCUUCCUCAAGUGUCGGCUGCCCUCCAACAACGACUACACCAAUCUGGUACCCAUCUUCAAGUACUUCCUGCGCCUGACGGACCGGCUGGUGCAAGUCGCCCAUUGGCGACCGGAGGUUCUGCGAAAGGUGAAGGUGGCGCGUGACGCGACCAUCAACCAGAUCAAAAAGGCCGAUGAGGAGAAGCAGGCCGAGGAACGCGCCCUAGAGCGCGAACGGGCCAAGAAGGCUAAGCGCGACCAGGAACUGAAGGCCCUCGACGCCAAGGCCCAGAAGAAGUACCUCGAGAGGGAGCGGGAGAAGGAGCUGAAGAAGAGUAUGAAGAAGCAAACCAUGAGGGCAUAG